AUGGAUCCUCCGGUCGAUGAGAUCAAGAAAUGGCUCAAGAAGAGCAGCAAUUACGUGCUUCUGGCGGAGAUUGGAUUUGAGUGGGUGACAUUGGCAACCCCUGCGCUAGAACGAGUUCAGAAGCAGGAAAUGUCAUUAUUGCUCGAGUACCUUCAGCAUUACCAAGAAAGCAUGAAGAUGGACGGCAUACCGCAACGAGCUGAGUCGCGACGGACGAGUUUUUCUUUUGACAUCGCUGCUCGUCUUUGUCGGGCGUGCUGCAUGGAGUCAAGCACUACACUGAUGGGAAUGGAUGGGGAGAUGCACUUCAUCUCUGCGGAGAACAUUACCGAAAGUCUGGCGAUAGAUUUGCGCCCUGGCAUGUUUCUGCGACCCUAGGCCUGAUAUUUCAUACGGAAGACAAAUAGUAAGAAAGCUGUCCCUCUUCCGGAAUUGUCU